GGUAAAGAGGCAGGCAGUGUUCGAGAAAAGUUGCGCGAAAGUGUUAUCUCAAAACGUACGCAGUAGCAGGAUGGGUUGAACAUUGGGCCGGAGUUGUCAAGGACAGAACCGCGAACUGGCUUCGCAAGUACUGUUCUAUUGAACGCAAUUAAGUUCCAUGUCUUGACCGUCAGCCCACUGAAUGAAGCCGGUAAAGAAGCCGAAAGGCAGAACGGGAAUCUGAGAUGGUGCGGAGAACCCGCCAGAGGACUGAAGCUUGCACUAGACCAGCGCUAGCGAAACAAGAGCUCUAGUGGGUACUUUGUCCCCGAUUAGACUCUGGAGUUCUCCAACUUGUUUCAAUCUUCGGUAUGAAGACGAGCUGGGACGAGGAGGAAUCCAUCUCUUUCGCAGCAAACAUCUUAUGCGGCCGUGCAGCACGUCCGCUUGAUGCCAACAGCUGGCUGUCCGUAAUUACCGUCGUUGUCGGAGAACACUUGUAUGUUUUCCGUCUUCGUCUAGAUCAACUCGCAGCCUUACAAUCUGAACUGGUGGGCUUGCAGGAGGGGGAGAUAGAUGGCUGUUGGAUUACAACCCAGAAGAGACAAUAUGAGUUAUCGGGUUUGGUCUCUACUCAGCUGAUCCAAUCUAAUCGUCGGCUUCAGACCGGGGUGAGAAUAGCUGUCGAUAUUUUGGGUAUCAUUGAUGCGAUGGAGCGGACGGAGAGCCGUCCACGGAUGAGAAGAUUGCGAGGACGAAGUUGCCAACGCCCAAUCCCGGCCCAUGGUACUGGUUCGUGCAUGAGGGGUCGUUAUCCCAGACGUGCGCGGCGCCGCUGCGAGCUUUCGACAAGGGACGGGUUACUUUACGAUGAUACAGGGACAAACGAUGAAGAGCACAAAGCAGUGUCAUGAGAAGUUUCAACAUUCUGUUGAUGUAUCUCCGUUUCGUACAACCAACGUGGAAAAGUUGGCCCCUGGCCAUGGAGAUGUUUC